AUGUCUGCUAAAUUGUGGGGAGGUCGCUUCACUGGCAAAACCGAUGAAUUGAUGGAUGCGUUUAACGCUUCUAUACAUUUCGACAAGCGUUUAUAUGAGGCAGAUAUCCUUGGUUCAAAGGCGUAUGCCAAAGCAUUGGCCAAACGAGGUAUCAUUACCUCUGAAGAGCAAGCUUCGCUUGUCGACGGCCUUGAGAAAGUUCGGUUAGAGUGGCAAACAAACACAUUUGUGAUACAGCCGGGUGAUGAGGAUAUUCACACAGCAAACGAGAGACGACUGGGAGAGUUUGUCGGAAGCGUUGCCGGUAAAUUGCACACCGGGCGCAGUAGAAACGAUCAGGUCGCAACAGAUUUUAGAAUCUGGGUUAGGGAGGAAUCAAAAAAAAUAUUGACUCAUGUAAAACAAUUGGUUGGCGUCGCUGUUGAAAGAGCAGAAAGAGAGAUCGAUGUACUGAUGCCCGGGUAUACUCAUUUACAGAGAGCUCAACCUAUUAGAUGGAGCCAUUGGCUGCUAAGUUAUGCCUGGAGUUGGCAAGCCGAUGCCCAGCGCCUCGAGCAAAUCAUCGAUCGAAUCAAUGUUCUUCCUUUAGGUAGUGGUGCGCUAGCCGGUAACCCUUUCAAUAUUGAUAGGGAAUUCUUGGCCAAUGAAUUAGGAUUCAAAGGUGUCAUGCAGAAUAGUUUAUACGGUGUCAGUGAUCGCGAUUUCGUUGCAGAAUUACUGUUCUGGGCCUCUCUAACAAUGGUCCAUAUAAGUAGAUUCUCAGAAGAUUUGAUUAUCUACAGUUCCGGAGAAUUUGGUUUCGUCACUCUUGCCGAUGCUUACAGCACCGGAAGUAGCCUUAUGCCACAAAAGAAAAAUCCAGACAGCUGUGAAUUGUUACGUGGUAAAAGUGGUCGCGUCUUUGGUCAGUUAUCGGGAUUCCUGAUGACUUACAAAGGUAUUCCAAGUACCUACAAUAAAGAUCUUCAAGAGGAUAAGGAACCACUUUUUGAUGCAGUCGAUACUUUGUCCGGUUCAUUACAAAUUACCGCAGGGGUUUUAUCAACUCUCACUAUUCAUCCAGAAAACAUGAAGAAAAAUUUAAGUAUUGAUAUGUUGGCUACAGAUGUUGCCGAAUAUCUUGUACGAAAAGGAGUACCAUUCCGUGAAACCCAUCAUGUAGCGGGCGCGGCAGUCCGCACAGCAGAGGAACGUAACACAACCAUGGCCAAUUUAUCAUUGUCUGACUUUCAACAGCUUCAUGCGGCAUUUGAUAGUGAUAUCACCGAAAUAUGGGAUUUCGAGAAGAGUAUCGAAAAUAGAUCAAGCUUGGGUGGAACAAGUAAGGCCACAGUUCUAGAACAGGUUCACAAGUUGAAACAGUGGUUGAGCGAGAAAUAA